UUUCAACCCGGUAAUCCCUCAGUAUUCGACGAGGACAAAUAGACACCUUCGAUAUAGGCGAGCGUAUUCUAGAUCUAUCUUUUCGAGCCGGUGGGAGAACAAAACACGCUUUGUUCGCCUGUGUCUGCGAACGUUAAAACUGUCGGGCGGCAAAUACCGCCCUCAGGUGCUCGUAAAAUCGAUGUCCAUGACCCCGUAGCUCCUGCCGAACUGCGAGAAUGGACUCCGUUGAAUGACAUGGCCAAGUUCAAAGAGUGGAGACAACGUUCUAUCCACUCAUUUGGAGCAGCGCUGGCCGACAAUGUAUAGUUGGGGUCCGAGAAUCGCGUUCUGAGCGGGCACCCGAGUUGCAAGCGGCGGAAUCGAACCCACUUCGGAAAAAGAAACCUCCCAGAAGUUGCUUAAUUGACAGUUAUUCACUAAAGAAGCCCAAACAUGGCAUGUGCUUCACCCAAACAAUAAUUUCUUCGGUCUUCAUGCCCGCCGGACCUAAACAGGAACAAGUGGCAGUGCAGGGAGUGGUGAUUGCCAUCGUCUUCCGGAUCCUGCCGGGCCACGAUUCUGCCAUGCACUUGCAACCUCGACCCAGAUGCGAUCCCCAGUAAUUCUCGAUCAGAUUGGGAAUUCGUAACGUCAGAGCGCCCCACAGAGCCAUGUCCCGUCAGCCGAGCGCUAUCCUGCUACCACGUCUGGUUGACCCGCACGGCCCACAUUGCGUCAGCGCCGGCGGCGCAAACGUAACGGGCGGCGUUCCUGCCUCUGGGCUGGAAAUUUUACGAUGUCGGCUCAGCGGCGAAUAACAGCGGUCCAUGAUAGUUCUCGGAUAUCAUUGCGGAGGAAAUGAAGGGCUGCGAACAGGCGGAAUGGGGAACCAGGUCAUGUCCAUGACCACGAGACGGCGAGUGUUGUGUCAUUUGCGAAGUUUCAAAGUCUGCCAGGAGCAGAUGGACUGCUCUCCUAGGGCUGAAGUUGCCCCCUUCGGCAGUCUCAGUUGUUCCUAGCGCUGCUCUGAUAUUUACGACAGCUCUCCUUCGUCAUCAUUUCCCAUGAAGCGGAAUCCAGGCGACAUCCAGGUGGUGGUGUGAUUUCCGCCUUCCUACGGGGAAACAGAGACUGGGGAAACUCGAACCAGUGUUUCGCUGCUUAGAAAUACAUCGUGCGAUGUUCUCCUCCCGAGCGCUUCUUUCUCUGGUGGCGAUCGCUCGAAUGACCUCUGGUCUCACGAUUGGACCUAUUGGUCUACUGGUGGUGGCCAAUGCGACCAUCGCCCCGGACGGUAUCCCUCGUGCCGCCGUGCUGGCCGGGGGGACGUUCCCCGGCCCACUCGUCACAGGCCUCGUCGGGGAUAACUUCCUGCUCACAGUCAUCGAUCAGCAGCAGGAUAACCGCAUGCUCGAGCCGACGUCUAUCCAUUGGCACGGAUUGUUCCAGAACGGGACCAACUACAUGGACGGGCCCUCGUUCAUCAAUCAGUGUCCGAUCUCUCCUGGAAACUCUUUCACCUAUGACUUUACCUCCCAGCAGUCGGGGACGUUUUGGUAUCACUCCCACCUUGCUACACAGUACUGUGAUGGCUUGCGUGGAGCAAUGGUCAUCUACGAUCUCCUGGACCCUUACCGUGGCCUAUACGAUAUCGACGACGAGACCACGGUCAUCACUCUGGCUGACUGGUACAGCGCCUUUGCUGAGACCGUAGUCGGUGUGGGUACCCCGUCUUCCGUGCUGAUCAACGGGCUUGGACGUACCGCUGCCACAGUCUCAAACACGACUCUGGCUGUCAUCAAUGUCAUACAGGGCUUACGUUACCGAUUUCGUUUGGUCAAUACAGCCUGUGACUCCAACUAUGUGUUCCAAAUCGACGGCCAUAAGAAUCUCACCAUCAUCGAGGCUGACGGGAUCCUCCACCAGCCGUUGACCGUCGACUCCAUCCAAAUCUACGCAGCUCAACGAUAUUCGUUCAUCCUGUCCGCCAACCAGCCCAUCGGGAACUACUGGAUUCGUGCGAACCCGAACACCGGUCCCACGGGUUUCGCCGGGGGAAUCAACUCUGCGAUCCUUCGCUACGUUGGAGCGAGCUUUUCAGAGCCCAGGACCUCGCAGGACAAGUCGGUCAACGGACUGGUUAACGAAGUCAAUCUCCACCCCCUCGUGAACCCCGGUGCGCCUGGUCGCCCAUUCAUCGGUGGUGCGGAUGUGCAGCUCAAUCUGGCUUUGGCAUUCGAUUUUACGACGUUCAGAUUCAAGAUCAACGGCGCCUCCUUUGUUCCGCCGACGGUUCCAGUGCUGCUCCAGAUUCUGUCUGGCGCACAGAGCGCCCAGUCACUGCUCCCCAAGGGCUCGGUGUACACACUUCCGCACUUUGCGUCCGUGGAAAUCACGCUUGCGGGGGGCGUGGUAGGCGGUGGCCACCCGUUCCAUUUGCACGGUCAUGCCUUCGAUGUGAUCCGCUCGGCCGGAAGCAGCACGUACAACUACGUCAACCCCGCCCGCCGUGACGUCGUCAACAUCGGAACCACAGGCGACAAUGUGACGAUCCGUUUCUUCACGGACAACCGCGGACCGUGGUUUCUCCACUGCCACAUCGACUGGCACCUGGAAGCUGGUUUUGCCGUCGUGAUGGCCGAGGACGUGGCCGACUGGAAGUCGGAGCUGAUCCCGCCGUCUGCAUGGAACCAGCUGUGCCCUAUCUAUAACGCGCUUCCGGCCUCGAUUACUUCUCACGCGGCCUGAACACCGAUACAUGUCGCCUGACUUAUUCGAGAAUUAAUUCAUAUUUUGCUUCUGCAAUCCUUUUAUUCGCUGCGAGAUAAACGUCACUGUUCAAUCUUGCUCCACAUGCUAUCGUUGAAUUUGCAAAAUUGAACAUCGAGGCACGUGUCCCUGGGAAAGGCUUCAUGAUGGGAGUCACGUGUCCUCAGAAUCAUCCUUUAAAGACCCCAUCCACUGCUGCCAGCCACGUAUUGACUCCUCCCAUUACUGAACCCCAUCCCAAACUUGAGAUCGAAGGACAUCACCAUUAAUGCCUUCCUGUCCAAUUCUGCCUCGACAAUAGCGAACGUCCGACUGCCUGGCGUUUUCCAUAAGCCUGCCAUGCGACCGAUGAAGCGAAGCUCAGUGCUGGGGAUAUCAUUUGAGGCCACUGCACGAUGUUCCCCUUGAAACAACUCUUUCGACCAGCUCUAUGUGGGGAGUGAGGGCCGAGGGAGGCCUGUCGUGUCUGACAACAAGAGUGCGGCUAGCUUCGAUUUCAGAUAGAGGCAAUCAAGCCCUCGCUAUUAGCUGUGAACCUCGACUCGACGUGUCAAGGACGUGUUGACGUCAGUUCACAGCAUCAGGGGUCCAGUGCACUGCCUUCCCCGAGACACGAUAUAAACAGACUCAUGUUCUUGGCAACGGGUUGGACAUCUUCAAUCUCUCACCAAAACGAUGAACUCUGCCCAGAUGCAAGACCGCGCCAUGGGAGCCAUCUUUGGUUCUGCAUUGGGAGAUGCUAUCGGGAUAUACACCGAAUUCAUGACACCAGCCAUGGCAGUCGCUGCAUACGGCUCUGAACGGCCUGCUUUCACCCUCGUGGAGCCAGAAACACCACUGCAUCAAGACAGCCAUAGAUGUCGAUUCGAAAGCGCAAGUCCGGGCAGAUGGGCGAGGGCAAACGACUGAUCAGCAGCACAGCGCGCGUGGACGGAUGAUACGGACCACGCGAUACUCAUCAUCCUGUCGUAUCUGCGCACUCGCGAGCUCGCUCCUGGGGACUUUGCGACAAGACUGCACUCGUGGUGCAACCAAGGCCUGCGUGUGCUGAACCGGCUUCCCAUGGGUCUCGGACGCACCGUCGGAAGCGUCGUUCACGCGCCCUCUUUCCUCUCCGACCCAGUGGGCACAGCGCUCUCGCACUGGGAAAAGUCGGGCCGCAGCGUCGCCCCCAACGGAUCGCUCAUGCGCACCGCGCCGGUUGGCGUCAUCUGCAUUAACGCGUCCGAGCCGGAGACAUUCGCCACAGCGAUACGGAUGGGCGAGGUCACCCAUGCCGAUCCUCGCUGCGCUGUCUCCGUCGCCAUCGUUUGCGGACUCAUCCGUGGCCUCUGCCGUGGCGAGAUAACGGCACUGGAGCACAUCGACCAGCUCAUCGAGCGGGCGUGGACCCACGUCUCUGCGAUCUUCGUCGAUCCCCUGGACCGCACCGAGUUUGACCGAUACGUGUACUACCCUUCGGAUCCUACUUCCUCGCUGUCCGGCAUGGUGCUGUGCGACCGGACGAUGGGAUACGUGUACAAAUGCCUCGGUUCCGCGCUGUGGUGUCUGCGGCGCGUGAUGACGCGGCAGGACACAUUCCGCUCGGCGAUGACAACGCUCGUCAUGCACGGCGGGGAUGCGGACACCAAUGGUGCCGUUGCGGGCGCGCUGAUGGGCGCGCUGUGCGGCUACGCGUAUUUGCCACUGGAAUGGAGGGACGGCAUGCGCCACGGCGAGUGGUACCGCGGGAAGAUCGACGCGUUUUUCGUCGUGGCGGGGAUAAAGGACGGCAGCUACGAGUCGUCGGCGGACAGAGACACGGAGAUGGACGGCGGGCAGGGUGUGCUGAGUGAGGCGGAGAUGAAGCAACGGGAGAUGGAGAUCAUGGAGAGGAUCUUGUUGGCCGAUGCGGAGCGCAGACAGGCCGUCAACCGCAAGGUGCAACGCAGCAAGAAGUCGAGAUGGAUGUCUUGGUUGUCGAGCUGAACUCAGUCAAGCCUCUUGAUGAUAGGCAUCCUCGCUAUUCCGGGCUUGGAGUGUACAAGUCUAAUUCCGGUCUGAAUGGAGACAACUCUGCCGCUGCCGAGGAGGAGUGGAUAGGGCCAGUUGUGACCUGAAACCAUGUGGUGUGACUGAUGGCUUCAAGCUCAGACUCGGAGGACCAACUUUCCAAUCAACAGUCCUGUAACCUACGUUUCGCCAGCGAAGCGAUGAGUCAUCCGAAUGUGCUCUAAACCUCCUACCCAUAAUCGGGGUUCCCAUCGUCCUCCACUGGGGCAUCCAUCCGAGGUUAUCUCGAUUGUCACAAACUCGAUUGUGUUGCACCUGCGCUUAGUUUCCCCUCUCCUUUGGAGUCAAAAUCGCUGAUGAGACAGCGUAUGGCGCCUAGGCACGGCGGCGUUCGUCGUACGACAUGACUCGCCAGUAGGGGGGCAUAAGGAUGGGGAGAAUGCGCGACUAUACGUACAUAUUAGCGAUUUCUUGACGCAUAUCGGACAGCGGGUUGGUUCCGAGCGAGAUGAGAUCUGGUCAUGGAUACGAUCGGGACGCACGAAGGUCAACGAGAGUCGGACUAGGCUGGGUGUUUGGGUCACUGCCGUCCACUAGGCAGCAAGCUUGCGAGUAUAAAUAUACACUCGCAGCGAGAUAGGGAGAGGGGCUGUGCCGAGAAGUGGCUAUGACUUUCUAGCAUGACAGCAUGGACAGCGCCAUAUUGCCCAAUACCUCGCGCUCAUCUCGCAAGAAUGUUUAUAAGCCUGAUCGCUUCGCGCUCGCUUUCGUCCACUUUCCUCGAAGAUGACUUUUGAGACGAUCCCUCUCAACGACGGCAAGGAGAUACCGGCCAUCGCUUUCGGCACGGGCAGCGUGUACAAGUUCACGGACGUGACGCGUCUCGUCGCGCAGGCCCUCGAGUCGGGCUUCUGGCAUGUGGACACCGCUCAGUACUACGGCACCGAAGAGUUCGUCGGUGAUGUUAUCCGAGAGAGCGGCCUGGCACGGUCUGAGCUGUACAUCACCACCAAGUACAGCUGGCUGGGGAACGUCGCGGACGCGCUUCCACAAAGUCUUCAGAACCUGGGCCUGAAGUUCGUCGACUUGUAUCUGAUCCAUUCCCCGCGCCCCGGGUAUGAGGAGGUAUGGAAGACGGUGGAAUCGUUCCAGAAGCAGGGAUUCACCAAGAGCAUCGGCGUGAGCAACUUCCACCUGGAACAGCUCCAGAAUCUGCUGCAAACCGCGACUGUCUGGCCCGCCGUGAACCAAAUCGAGCUACAUCCGUACACGUACGCCGACUACAAGGAUACGAUCGAUUGGGCCCAGGAGCACGGGAUCGUCAUCGAAGCGUUCAGCAGUCUGAGCCCGAUCACCAAGUACCCUGGGGGGCCCGUCGACGUGCCCGUUGCGGCGGCGGCUGCCCGGUUGGGAAUCACGCCGACCCAGGUUCUGCUGUCGUGGGUGCGCGCCAAGGGUGCCGUCAUCGUCACGACGACGUCCAAGAAGGAGCGACUGCGGGAGUACCUUGCCGUCGGAGACCUACCGCCUUUGUCCGAUGAAGAUGUCGCCGCGAUCGACGCGGCGGGUGCGAAGGGUCCGCCGAGUAGCAUGCGCCUGCGGCUGAAGCGGAUGUCGCGGUCACGACAUUUCCGGGUGCUCGUUGCAGUGCUGCAGGUCGCGUUGUUCGUAUGGAUGUCGCUUUAUGUCGUACAUCGGUUCUUCCUGUGAACCGAAGCGGGCGUGCUUUCUAGUUUGACGUGUUGACUGGUUCGGCGAUCUGUGCGAACGAUCGGAGCCAUGCUUGUACAACCUCGUCUGACUGCACAUUGGCUAGCUUUGAAUCGCAUUGACCGAAUAGCUGGAGUUUUUAACACUUGAUCAACAACUCCUAGGCCGCUGAAGCUUGUGUCCCUACGCAAAUGCUCAACCAGUAUUGCCCUCUAACCUAUGUGUACUCUAUUUUGGAAGGGACAAAUCUUGAAAUUUGCCACUGCAGAAUGAAUACUGAAUCAGCUGAGAUGUGUGAAUCAAGA